AUCAGAUGGUUGAAUGACUGGCAGUUCUGUUCUUUGAUUCCAUAACUACAACCACAUCACAUCACAUCGUCUCUUGCAUCCCGUUUCUUGACAAAUUCGCUCACUAUUAACCCGAGCAGACCCUUUCCUCCUGCCUUUUUGUCUUGUUUUCCGGCCUAGCGACCAACUCUGUCCCCGAUCCCAGCCCCGCUACCCUUAGUUAUGGAUCCAUCCUAGGUCUACAAAAUAUUCCCUACUAGGAUCUAGAGCCUGAUGUCUAAUAUUUGAGAGAUGCUACACCCCACAUGUUCGAACGAAGCGACGUUGUCGAGGCUCCCUCUGAUAACACGUUAACGACAGCACAAAAGCCUAGUAAAGAUCUGCCACUCCCACGAGACUUCGUUUGGGGUGCUGCUACAGCAGCAUACCAGAUCGAGGGUGGCGCUUUCCAGGACGGAAAAGGUCCCUCUAUCUGGGACAUGUUUUCCCAUGUCGUUCCCUCACGCACCAGUGGUGACAAUGGCGACGUCGCAUGUGACCACUACAAUCGUAUGCCAAAAGAUGUUGAGCUAAUGGAAUCGCUGGGCCUCGACGUCUACCGCUUCUCUAUCUCGUGGUCACGCAUUAUCCCCCUUGGCGGCCGCCACGACCAGGUCAAUGAAGCCGGGGUCACAUUCUAUAACAACCUCAUCGACCAGCUAGCCGCACGAAAUAUCACGCCCUCAGUCACUCUUUAUCACUGGGAUGCUCCUCAGGCUCUGUACGACCGAUAUGGCGCUUUCUUAAAUACGGCUGAAUUUAAGGCCGAUUUUGAAAAUUAUGCGAGACUGUGUUUCUCCCGCUUUGGGGACCGCGUGAAGGAAUGGGUUACCUUCAAUGAGCCUUAUGUCAUAUCAGUUUUUGGACACCAUAGCGGCUCACUUGCACCUGGCCAUAACCGGGCGACAGGCUUUGAUACCAAAACGGAACCAUGGCGGGUCGGACACACGAUUAUACUUUCUCACACCUCUGUAGCGCAAAUCUACGCCGACGAGUUCCGUCCGACUCAGGAAGGCUGCACGGCAAUUGUUUUGAAUGGCCAUAUGUAUGAGCCUUUUGACUCAAACAGCAAUGCAGACAAGGCCGCCGCACGGCGCAGGAUGGAAUUUUACUUCGGCUGGUUCGCCGAUCCGAUUUACUUAGGACAAGACUACCCCGCCGUAAUGCGUGCCCAGCUAGGUUCGCGUCUGCCUAAGUUCUCGCCUGAUGAGCUCGAACUCCUCCGCAAAUCGGUCUCCCUCAAUACAUUUUUCGGCCUGAACCACUACUCGACAAAAUACGCCAGGGCCCUACCUGAUCCGCCUGCUGACGAUGACAUCACUGGAAAUGUGGAAGAGGGUGCCAUCAAUAGCGAAGGGGAAGAGAUUGGCCCAGUAUCUGGCAUGAUAUGGUUACGUGUUGCGCCUGAGGGGUUUCGCAAGCUACUCAGCUGGCUGUGGAAGCGUUAUAGCAUCCCAAUCAUAAUCACAGAGAAUGGGUGCCCAUGCCCAGGUGAGAAUAAUAUGACAUUAGAGCAGGCGGUCGAUGAUCAGUUCCGCAUACGGUAUCUAGGGCUCUAUCUAGAUGCGAUUUCGCAGGCUAUCUAUACGGAUGGUGUUUUAGUUAAGGGCUACUAUGUCUGGAGUCUCAUGGAUAACUUUGAGUGGUCGGCGGGUUAUAGCCCUCGUUUUGGUAUUGUACAUACAGACUACAAGACUCUAUUAAGAACGCCAAAGAAAUCAGCAUCAUAUCUAAAGCACUCGUUCAGGCAUCGGAGAGAAAGAAAUCAGCAUCAUAUCUAAUAAUGAUUCUACGUACUAGACAGAAAAAUCAAUAGAAUGAUAGGAAGGUUAACAGGGUUAGCCUUUAGGGCUAUGCAUAUAAAUUUAGG